AUGGGAAUAGUUGUGCGUGCCGCGAGCCCGGCAGAAGUAGCUCAUGCCUAUCUGCUUGAACACGAAGGACCGACUGCUGAUGCCGUGCCGAGAUCGGGCAAGACUGCGGUUGGCGAGCUGAAGCCGGGGAAUGUCUAUCACCCCAACCCAGCUGACCAUCGUGCUGACUCUGGCAGCCUUGAUGACAGGCUGGUGGAGCACGUUGUGACAACAGCUGAGGGCGGGUCGUUGGAGAACUGCAUAAGGGAGGCUGAGGGCUUCUCGAAGCGGUAUGGAGGAGGCCUUACUCUGGGCGAUGAGAAGGGAGAGAUCAUCGCUUCUACCGUGGCCACGACUACGACCCCGAAGGAUCAAGACCGCCUGCAUAUCCUAGAAUUGGGCUCACAUAGUGGCGAUGGGACUCUGAGGUUUCUGAGUGGGGCUGGGAGGAGGAAGGUGUCGAUUGUCUCGGUCGAGGAGAAUCCUCAUUGGCUUCAACUGGGCAAACAGCUGGUCUCUCACGCCAUUCGAGAUCCUUCAACCGGCAAGGCCAGGCAUAGCAUUCGAUACAGGGCGAUGCUUUUGCCGGACGAUAUGACGGAUCUGAUCGAAUCUCUCCAGAGUUCAGGAAUGGCCAAAGCUGAUAUCGUGUUUAUGGACCAUGAGCCAAGUCACUUCAAACAGGACUUGGAAAAGAUGAUAGAACGAGGCUUCGCAGGGCCGGGCACGGUGGUCAUUGUGGACAACGCAGGCACCAAGGCUGCAAUGAUGAGGGACUAUCUCGACCUGGUUCAGAAAGCAGACGCUAUUUCUUCACCGACCGGUCUGGUGAGAUUCAACACGGUCUUGCGAAAGGUGUCAAAGCCGUAUUAUGACGCAUUGGCUGUUUCCCGGAUAGAGGAGGCCUCCUCUGAAGAGCUAUGA